AAGGAAGACAGUUGGAGACAACGACAACGUAGCAGCUCCGCCCGGUUGCUGUGUGCUGUGUGAGCUGUAAACAUUAGAGCAUUAGAACAGUUACUGGAGUUUUAGCUAUAUGAGUUACCUAUUUAUUGUUUUAUUAAACGGAUCACUAACGUACAUGGCUGCGACAGGACACCAGACCUGCUCAGAACGAGAAGGCCUGUCCAGCUCAGUAACUUACUAUGGCUCCACAGACAGCAGCGGAGAGCAUGACCAUCAGAGUAACGAUCAAUGCAACAACCAUAGCAACCAUCUGUUUCCCACGACGACGGCAGGUCAUUGGGCUGAUGCGGAAGAGGAGGCCAUUCGCAGGAAGUUGAAAUACUUCUUCAUGAGCCCUUGUGAUAAAUAUUACGCCAAGGGCCGCAAGCCUUACAAGCUGAUCCUGCAGCUGCUCAAGAUCAUUAUUGUCACAGCUCAGUUAGUGCUGUUUGGCCUCAGCAACCAGGUGGUGGUGACGUUCAAGGAGGAGAACACCAUGACCUUCAAGCACCUCUUCCUCAAAGACUACGACGAGUCCUCAGACGACUCCUUUGCUGUUUACACGCAGAACGACGUCUACGACCACAUGUUCUACGCCGUGGAGCAGUAUCUGGCCUUACGGGAGACCACAGUGGGACGCUAUGCAUACGUCUACGGUGUUGGUGUGAACAACAGUGCGCUCUCCCUCUGCCAACAGUACUACAAGAAGGGAAGCAUCGACCCAGCCAAUGACACCUUCAGUAUAGACCCUCAUGUCGUCACAGACUGUAUAGGUGUGGACCCGCUGGCGGUCCCUCCAGCUUCGCUCACCAGCAGCUACAAGAACUUUACACUCAAGUUCCACAAGCUCAUUAACGUCACCAUAGAGUUCCAGUUGAAAGCGAUCAAUAUACAGACCAUCAUCAACAAUGAGAUCCCAGAUUGCUACACUUUUUACAUAACGAUAAUCUUGGACAACAAGGCUCACAGCGGCAAGGUGAAGAUCCGGUUAGAAAACCAGGCGUCAAUAAAGGAGUGUAAAGACCCGAGCGUCUCUGGACAUGGUGAGAUGACUGAGAACUAUGCUCGUGUAGCGUUUGAUGUCGCUGUGGCUCUGGUGUGCAUGCUGUCACUGCUGCUGUGUGGACGCUCCAUACUGCGAGGCAUCAUGCUGCAACAGGAGUUUGUGCAGUUCUUUAGGGAGACUCUGGAUCGUAAAGUGUGCUGGGCAGACCGGUUGGAGUUCAUUAACGGAUGGUAUAUCCUCCUUAUCAUCAGCGACAUCCUCACCAUCACUGGCAGCUUCAUCAAAAUCGGCAUUGAGUCUAAGAAUAUGUCCUCAUACGACUUAUGCGGCAUCCUGUUGGGAACCUCCACACUCUUGGUGUGGGUCGGAGUAAUUCGCUAUCUCACAUUCUUCCAGAAGUACAAUAUCCUGAUCGUGACACUUCGAGCAGCGUUUCCCAAUGUGAUUCGGUUCUGCUGCUGCGUGGCCGUCAUCUAUCUGGGCUACUGCUUCUGUGGCUGGAUCGUCCUGGGACCAUACCACGUCAAGUUCCGUUCUCUGUCCAUGGUGUCCGAGUGCCUGUUUUCUCUCAUCAACGGGGACGACAUGUUUGUGACGUUCGCGGGGAUGCAGGAGAGCAGCACUCUGGUGUGGCUGUUUAGCCAGGUUUACCUGUACACCUUCAUCUCCCUCUUCAUCUACAUGGUGCUGUCGCUGUUUAUUGCGCUCAUCACAGGAGCCUACGAGACCAUCAAGCACCAAACCCAAGAACCAAUGCACAUCACAGACCUGCAUGCCUUCAUAGCAGAGUGUACAGACGCACCUAACUCUGGGAAGUUCAGAGGUGUGGAGACCUCGCCGUGCUCCUUCUUCUGCUGCUGUGACAGAACAACGACAUAUGAGGACGUCCUGCUGGUGAACUGAGGUUGACCUCAGUGACCUCAAAAGCCUCACCAUCCUCCCCUGCUGACCACAGGGAUACACUGCACUCCUGACGCCCAGUGUCUCUGUACCAGCAUGCUGUAUCUGGGUCAAACCUCGUUACUCAUUUGAGGGAGGAGACACCAUCAGCUGGACCAGCACUCUGUUGAAGGAAUGUCUAACAGCAGUCUUCUUGUUGGACCUCUUAUCUUGUCUGUCUAUGAAGAAGAAACUGAGGGCUGAUGCAGAAAUUGGCCUGUCCUCUGUAUGGACAGGACAUAAGCAUCCUGAAUGACUAAUGCACAGACGCUUCUCUGUUCCUUGGUUUUUAAAAGAAAACAGUAUCUUUUCCAAUGUAUUUAAAGGUGAAGUAUGUAAUACUGUGUAAAAUAGUUACUGCAGUACAAAUUCAAAAUACUGGAGAGAGUCGUCUCCCCCGCCUUCUCCUCCCCAGACUCGAAGUUGACGGAGGUUGCCAGGCUGAGAC